AUGGCGAAGCACUCUGCAAACUUUAUCGGAAAGGAGUUCAAAAUUGUGCUGCAAUGUGCACCAUUUGUCCUCUUUCCAUUCAUGGAUGAGGCUCAGCGGGACGUGUGGAUUGCCCUAUGUCAGCUUGCGCCCCUUAUAUUCCAAACAUAUAUAGAUGACAUGGAUCAAUAUUUGGAAGCCCUCACUUUUCACAUUCACAAGUUCUUAUUUUAUGCUUUCAAAAGCACGGCGCAAUGGGUCAACAAAGCUAAAUUUCACAUGCUUCUCCAUCUCCCCGAGUCGAUUCGUCGCUUUGGUCCUGCCUGCCUGUUUGCUACUGAAAAAUUCGAGAGUUACAACGCAGUUCUGAGGAAUGCGUCCAUUCAUUCAAACCGUCAGAGCCCCGGAAAAGAUAUUGCGAUAACGUUUGCCAAUUAUAAGGUCAUGCGGCGGCUUUUUCCAGGAUCCGAAAGAUGCGACAAAGACAAUCCAAUGAUCCAAAAGUCAAUGGAUUUCAAUGCGCAAACACCUGUCGAUUAUGAGGCGGCUCAGUUGGAAUUCCCGCACGCUACCAAAGCGAAGCUCGCACUCAAAGAUAAGGUAACGGUACCAACGGCCUUGCAGGAUCAUCUUUUGGGGAACAGUCUGUUCCAGAUUGCAGGUGUGCAAUGGGAUGCACACCGCGUCCUGAAACAUGGUGUAUUCAUCUUGGUACGCCGCGGUGAUGACUGUGGCCAUGCUGAGGCUGGUUUUAUUGACCAUGUCUGGGAGGCGCGCCAAAGAUCGCGAAGGUCGUUUUGGGUGUGCUAUACCGAGUUUUCGAGGGGCAGGGUUGACGAUUACUAUCAGAUGAGGACUAUCACCAAGACCAUGCACAACUGUCAUCUAAGCAACUGCCAGGUCGAUUACACAGGAAGAGUGCGGGUCGAGCGUGAGGAGUCCGAGGAGAACAAUGCGACCGUUACGCACCUGGAUUCAUCAGAAUUUGUAGUCAACUCGGCUGAGUUGCCUGGCUCUGCAGUUCUUCGCAAUUGGGCCGCGGUUCCUCGAAGGGAAAGUGAUGUGCAACAUCUCCUACCAAUGUUGCAUGAGGGGCUUUCCAGGUGGCACGAAGGUGGCGGACAAAAUGCCCCGGGACCAAUCUCUGUGAUUGACCCUGAACUCGUGUGA